GAGCCCCGCACAGAGCGAGGGAGACAGCGAGCUGAGCUCCGGGCGCUACCGCUACCGCCGCCGAGAGAGUGAGAGCGAGGGAGCAUCCGAGAGACCCAGCCCCCUGCACUGGCCGCCGCCGAGACCUCCGCCCUAACCUGGGCCAACGGGAGCCGCGGCCGCCCUCCUCUCCCCCCUCACCUUCCCGGCCGGCGGCAGCGGCGGCUGCACACGCCGGAGCCGGAGCCCGAGCCGGUGCCUGAGCCGGAGCCGGCGGCUGGGGGCAGGGAGGCAGCUACAGCGGGCUGGGACUGGGUGGCUACUCUGCGGUGAGAGGACGCUGAGGAGUGACCGGAGCUUCUGUCUCGUCCCAGGGCGUGGGGCGAGGGACCCCCAAGGUGUAGGGAGGGGGGUCCCAGCCGUAGCGACACAUGCGGGAGCCAGGAGCGGGGGCGGCGCCGAGCGGAGCCGGCCGGGUCCCCCGCCUCGCCGCCGCCUUGGCCACCCGUCCGGGGCCGUAGCAUCCGGCCCCGGAGUGUAUGAGCCGGGGCCCCAACCAAGCUCAGCAACCACCCCCCGGCCGGGGGGGCGGGGACCCCAAUGUGAAGCGGCGGCUGGGGAGACGGGGACAGCAGGACCGGUGCCGCCGUCCUUUCCUUACCUUCCCCCUCCCCUCAACCCCCUCAGGGGGUCUUCUCCCGUGGCCAGUCGCCGGCCCCCCGGCUCCUCGGCAGGACUCCGGGAGGAGUUCUUAGAGCCCCCUCCCCCGCCCCAGCCACGAGGGCGGCGGGGCCGGGGGGGACCCGGGGGGCCGGCCGCAGCCUCCGCCCAGAGGAAACUUUAUAAAAACAAAAUCCGGAGCCUCCCAACGUGACUGUCCCGGGCGAAGUGGCCCUGGACGGGCAGAAGCCGCAGACUGAAGAGACCCAGGAAGAGGAAAACAGGAGGUAAGCGGGGCUGCCGCCUCCUCUGCCCCUGCAGCGCGGAAGAGACCCGGGUGGCCGCCUGGUUUAGCGACACUAGCACCGCUUCUUCCUCAGUAACGCUCCGGAGCCUUCCGCAGCUGCCACCUCAGUCUGAAGGAGGAAGGGAAUCAACCCACUUUCUCAUCGCCACGGCUCUUCUCUAAAGUAAUGUGAAAACCUUUGCAUCUUCUGAUAGUCUAGCCAAGGUCCAAGAAGUAGCAAGCUGGCUUUUGGAAAUGAAUCAGGAACUGCUCUCUGUGGGCAGCAAAAGACGACGAACUGGAGGCUCUCUGAGAGGUAACCCUUCCUCAAGCCAGGUAGAUGAGGAACAGAUGAAUCGUGUGGUAGAGGAGGAACAGCAGCAGCAGCAGCAGCAGCAGCAGCAACUAAGACAACAAGAGGAGGAGCACACUGCUAGGAAUGGUGAAGUUGUUGGAGCAGAACCUAGACCUGGAGAUCAAAAUGAUUCCCAGCAAGGACAAUUGGAAGAAAACAAUAAUCGAUUUAUUUCUGUAGAUGAGGACUCCUCAGGAAACCAAGAAGAACAAGAGGAAGAUGAAGAACAUACCGGUGAACAAGAUGAGGAGGAUGAAGAAGAGGAGGAAAUGGACCAGGAGAGUGAUGAUUUUGAUCAGUCUGAUGACAGUAGCAGAGAAGAUGAACAUACACAUAGUAACAGUGUCACAAACUCCAGUAGUAUUGCAGACCUGCCCAUUCACCAACUCUCCUCUCCGUUCUAUACAAAGACAACAAAAAUGAAAAGAAAGUUGGACCAUGGUUCAGAGGUACGCUCUUUUUCUUUGGGAAAGAAACCAUGCAAAGUCUCAGAAUAUACAAGUACCACUGGGCUUGUACCAGCAACACCAACGACUUUUGGGGACCUAAGAGCAGCCAAUGGCCAAGGGCAACAACGACGCCGAAUUACAUCUGUCCAGCCACCUACAGGCCUCCAGGAAUGGCUGAAAAUGUUUCAGAGCUGGAGUGGACCAGAGAAAUUGCUUGCUUUAGAUGAACUCAUUGAUAGUUGUGAACCAACGCAAGUAAAACAUAUGAUGCAAGUGAUAGAACCCCAAUUUCAACGAGACUUCAUUUCCUUGCUCCCUAAAGAGUUGGCACUUUAUGUGCUUUCAUUCCUGGAACCCAAAGACCUGCUACAAGCAGCUCAGACAUGUCGCUACUGGAGAAUUUUGGCUGAAGACAACCUUCUCUGGAGAGAGAAAUGCAAAGAAGAGGGGAUUGAUGAACCAUUGCACAUCAAGAGAAGAAAAGUAAUAAAGCCAGGUUUCAUACACAGUCCAUGGAAAAGUGCAUACAUCAGACAGCACAGAAUUGAUACUAACUGGAGGCGAGGAGAACUCAGAUCUCCUAAGGUGCUGAAAGGACACGAUGAUCACGUGAUCACAUGCUUACAGUUUUGUGGUAACCGAAUAGUUAGUGGUUCUGAUGACAACACUUUAAAAGUUUGGUCAGCAGUCACAGGCAAAUGUCUGAGAACAUUAGUGGGACAUACAGGUGGAGUAUGGUCAUCACAGAUGAGAGACAAUAUCAUCAUUAGUGGAUCUACAGAUCGGACUCUCAAAGUGUGGAAUGCAGAGACUGGAGAAUGUAUACACACCUUAUAUGGGCACACUUCCACUGUCCGCUGUAUGCAUCUCCAUGAAAAAAGAGUUGUUAGCGGUUCUCGAGAUGCCACUCUUAGGGUUUGGGAUAUUGAGACAGGCCAGUGUUUACAUGUUUUGAUGGGUCAUGUAGCAGCAGUCCGCUGUGUUCAGUAUGAUGGCAGGAGGGUUGUUAGUGGAGCGUAUGAUUUUAUGGUGAAAGUGUGGGAUCCAGAGACUGAAACCUGUCUACACACGUUGCAGGGGCAUACUAAUAGAGUCUAUUCCUUACAGUUUGAUGGCAUCCAUGUGGUGAGUGGAUCUCUUGAUACAUCAAUCCGAGUUUGGGAUGUGGAGACAGGGAAUUGCAUCCACACGUUAACAGGGCACCAGUCAUUAACAAGUGGAAUGGAACUCAAAGACAAUAUUCUUGUCUCUGGGAAUGCAGAUUCUACAGUUAAAAUCUGGGAUAUCAAAACAGGACAGUGUUUACAAACAUUGCAGGGUCCCAACAAGCAUCAGAGUGCUGUGACCUGUUUACAGUUCAACAAGAACUUUGUAAUUACCAGCUCAGAUGAUGGAACUGUAAAACUAUGGGACUUGAAAACGGGUGAAUUUAUUCGAAACCUAGUCACAUUGGAGAGUGGGGGAAGUGGGGGAGUUGUGUGGCGGAUCAGAGCCUCAAACACAAAGCUGGUGUGCGCAGUUGGGAGUCGGAAUGGGACUGAAGAAACCAAGCUGCUGGUGCUGGACUUUGAUGUGGACAUGAAGUGAAGAACAGAAAAGAUGAAUUUGUCCAGAUGUGUAGACGAUAUACUCCCUGCCCUUCCCCCUGCAAAAAAAAAGAAAAAGAAAAAGAAAAAAAUCCCUUGUUCUCAGUGGUGCAGGAUGUUGGUUUGGGGCAACAGAUUGAAAAGACCUACAGACUAAGAAAGAAAA